AAACGGGGCAAAAUUCACGUAAGAAAAGUCUCACUUAGCAACAAAAAUUGUGGUUGUAGGUCAAAGACAACUUGCACUCAGGGGUUAAUAACUCAUUACUUAAGCAAUUGGUUUAAACCACAGAUAAAAAUGUGGUUUUUCAAAGGUCUUGAAGCUUCUUGUAAGAAGACAUUGAGCUAGAGUUUUGCCAGAAGGCACUGCCCAACCCCAAUCUCCAUGCUGCUGAGAAGAACAAGCUUUUGAUCUGCUCCUGUAAGAUUCAUUGGAGAGGACUAGCAGCUUGGUUAGGGUGUUAGGAACAGGAAUUGUCUGGUGGUCACACCUGCUGCUCUGUGAGUGGAAGGGGUGGGGCUAUGGGAUUCUGAAUACCUUCUCCACAUUAGAGAGCACCUGUGCAAGAGGAGAGCUUUUUGCUGGUGGUUUUCCAUUGCUGUAAGUGUGUGCUUGAUGGAGAGAGGGGUGGGUCCAGGAAUUUGAGCCCCAGCAUAAUUACUCAAAUAGCAGUCCAUUUUGUUGAAAGGGGAAACUAAUUUUCAGAAGUCAAUUGGACUGAGGUAAUACAGGCAAGUGAGCAGUGGAACUAUUUAACUCAAAUGUGUGUUGUAUUGAAUAGACCAAAUCCAUUAGAGACCUUCUGUCCUGCAAUGGACUGGUUUCUCAUGACUGCCUUGUAGCCAGUAGUUGAGCUUGUAAAAAAUGCUUGUCUGUAAUUAAGCUAACCAUGGUUUAUUCAACUAAACUACUUUUGGGGCACACAUAACAUAGCUGCAUAGGUUGGAUUUAAGCAACAUGCUGUUUUAAAAUGUGGUAGACUGAGAUAUAAUCCAGUGUUUGGUACCUACACAGCUACCUCUCCUCAGUUACACAAGCCAGCUGUGUGACAAUGGCUCAGUCAUCCCAUUAUUCAGACUAAGCAAGGGGUUGUGAAGCUAUGUUUUAGGGGCAGGGAGGACCCAGAAUUAGAUUAGAACAAUAAGGUAAGGAGUAAAUGAACAUUGGUCCUAAGGCACGCAUUUGCUUUCUUUUAUUUAUGUUUAUUGUUGAAAAAUGGUUGUGGUAGCUGUUUUCAUCUACUGAAAACAUACAUGUGCUUUUCUUAGGUUAAUGAUGCAGCAAAGUAUCUAACCUCUAUGUCUUUGAAAUUGAAAUAGGUAAAUGUGGAAAUAAGUAAAAGGGUUUUGCCACCUUCCUUCUCAAAUCUUUCGGAGCUGAAUUGGAAAGAUGUGACUGGAGAGACUUUCUUCAAACUCAUAGCUUCCAACUGAGAUUACGAUUCCCAGCAUUGUCUGUCAUCUUUUGGUUACAUUGGGCUGAGAUUUGUAGGAUUGAGAAUGCCAGAUUGAGAAAGACUAAUCUAAGAUAUUAAUAAUAACUGGUAUACUUGCAUAGGUAGUGAACUGAAACAAACAGCUCUUCAUUUAAAAAAAAAAACUUUGUUGAGUUGCAUCUAAAUUAAUUACCUAGAAACAGUGGCCAUUUUAAAAAUAGUUUUGCAUCCAAUCAAACCUUUUGGCAACUUUCCACAACCUGGAUUCCUCCAAAUAGUUUUGUUACCAGUUUCAACCUAACCUGACCAACUGAAGGUUGUUAAUAGAAAUGAUAAGGAGAGAGAAUUAAGAAUUAUUGGCAAUGUAAAAUAUUAUUUUAUCUGUUGAUAGAUUUGAGAUGUUUUUUUAAACCUAAAAUCAUUUUUACAAAAUCCAUCAUCCAGGGUGCUCUUAUAAUUUCCCUAGAAUUAAAUACUUUUGUAGCUCUCUUUUGAAAUAAUUUUGAAAAAUUAGGGAAAUAAUUGAUACAGCAUUGAAUCCUCUAAUAUUAAAGAAGCAUGGUAUUAGUAUGUUGGCCAAUCUUUCUCUUAAAACUCCACUACUUGUACCAUAUAAAAGCACAGAAAAAAGUUGCAGUAAGAAUUAAGCAUUAUGAGAGUUUGUAGUUUCUUAUCUUUCUUUUUUGAAAGCACAAGGGAGGUAUGUAAGUUUUAGCUACAUAAUGAUUUUUUCCCCUGCAAAUGAACAAUAUAAUAACGGUUUGCAUUAAGUAGAGGAAGCUAAAAUGGAUCCUACAGAGAAGAAAACAUGGAAAGAAGCUAAACCUUCCCUUUCAGAACAUUAAACUUGAGAUAUGUAGUGAAUAGCCUGUAGAGAAAGUGGAACUUCACCAGAGUCCUUGUCUCAUGACUUGUCUACUAUCAAAAGUUUAUAUAAGAUGCUUCAUAUGUUAUUUCUCCCAUAUAUGCCUAUGCACUAGUGUGGGAAGCCAUUGUAAGACUCAAAAAGGUUUAGAACUCAGUUUGGAAAAGAUCUAGUUUCUUCUUCCAGUAUAAAACCAUUUUAUCAAUGACCUCUUCUGAGAAUACUGUUGGAUUUUGAAUAGUGUGAUCUGGCUUUGAAAAUUGCUUGGUCAUAAAACUUAGCAACCUUGGGAUACUUACUCCAGUUUAGCAAUCUUGGGAUAAUAGCUUAUCAUGAAGUAUAAUGAGCUUAGUAUAACCUCAGCCCAUUGUCUUUCACUAAGAAGAUAUAAAGAUAAAAUAGUUUCCAAAGAAGUACCAAGUCAGUUUACUGCAAUGUUUCUCAACAUUAGCAACGUUAUAAUGUGUGGACUUCAACUCCCAGAAUUCUCUAACUAGCAUUUCUUGUUUUUUGCAUAUAGAGAGUUGAAUUCCUUUACUCCCCCUUCUAGUUUUAUUGCAAUAUAAUGGAGAUUAUGGAAAAGGGAUAGGAUUCUAGUUUAGGUAGACCUGUGAGUUUGUUCAUUGCACUGUUGUCAGACACACAUGAAGAAGUUACAUUGAGUGCUAUCCUAGGUAUUCUAACCCCAUGUGGUUUUUGUGUCUCAAAAGUCUACCUUAUGCAACUUAGUAGUAACUAGGUUCUGCUUCACUUCCAAAGUUACACUAGAUGAUUAGCUAUGAAUGCUAGUGGCCCAGGAUAUCCUCUAGCCUCUCUCUAUGUGGGUGACCUGCAUCGAGAUGUUACUGAAGCCAUGUUGUACGAGAAGUUCUCACCUGCUGGGUCCAUCAUGUCCAUUAGAGUUUGUCGAGAUGUUUCCACGCGGCGGUCUCUAGGUUAUGCGUACAUCAAUUUUCAACAGCCUGCUGAUGCUGAACGGGCUUUGGACACCAUGAAUUUUGAAGUCAUAAAAGGUCGGCCCAUUCGUAUCAUGUGGUCCCAGCGAGAUCCUGGGCUCAGGAAAUCAGGUGUCGGAAAUAUUUUCAUCAAAAAUUUGGAUGAUUCCAUUGAUAACAAAGCCUUAUAUGAUACAUUCUCAACUUUUGGAAACAUUCUUUCUUGCAAAGUUGUUUGUGAUGAGAAUGGAUCUAGGGGUUAUGGCUUCGUCCAUUUUGAGACCCACGAGGCAGCAAAUAAAGCAAUUGAUACAAUGAAUGGAAUGCUGCUAAAUGAUCGCAAGGUAUUUGUUGGCCACUUUAAGUCCCGCCGAGAGCGAGAAGCAGAAUAUGGAGCCAAAGCAAUGGAAUUCACUAAUGUCUACAUCAAAAACUUUGGCGAGGACAUGACUGAUGAGAGGCUGCAGGAAAUAUUCUCAAAAUUUGGAAAAACUUUGAGUGUCAAGGUCAUGUUAGAUAAUACUGGCCGCUCAAAAGGAUUUGGUUUUGUCAAUUUUGAGAAACAUCAAGAUGCUCAGAAGGCCGUUGAGCAGAUGGAUGGAAGUGAGAUCAAUGACCGAACAGUAUUUGUUGGCAGAGCCCAAAAAAGGAUGGAGAGACAAAAUGAGCUGAAGCGUAAAUUUGAACAAAUCAAGCAGGAAAGAAUUAACCGAUAUCAGGGAGUAAACUUGUAUGUAAAGAACUUGGAUGAUGGCAUUGAUGAUGAGCAUUUGAGAAAAGAAUUCUCACCUUAUGGAACCAUAACAAGUGCCAAGGUAAUGACGGAUGGCGGACACAGCAAAGGCUUUGGGUUUGUAUGUUUUUCUUCCCCAGAAGAAGCAACCAAGGCUGUGACUGAAAUGAAUGGACGUAUCGUCAGCACUAAGCCUUUGUAUGUCGCCCUUGCCCAACGGAAAGAGGAGAGAAAAGCCAUUCUCACCAAUCAAUAUAUGCAGAGGCUGGCCACCAUGAGGACCUUUCCUGGUCCCCUCCUAUGUUCUUUCCAGCCUUCUACGAGCUACUUCAUGCCCUCAAUUCCACAGCCACAAACUAGAGCUACUUUUUACAGUCCUAGCCCUGUUGCCCCGGUCCGCCCAGCCCCACGCUGGAACACGCAGUCCUCCAGACAUCCUUCAUCCUAUCAUGCAGCUUCUCCAAUGUUAAGAGCCAAUGGACCCCCUCGCCGCCUCCUCUCCAAUAUCAGCACUAUGAGACCAGCCUCCACUCAAGUUCCCAGAGUACCAUCCACUGGCCAGAGAGUGGUCAACAUUGGAACCCAGACCAUUAGUACAAGAGCAUCCUCUUCUCCAACUUUCUCACGUGGUAUCUCGCAGUACAAGUAUUCUUCAGCUGUGAGGAAUGUCCACCCUCUGGGCGCAGUAACAUCUCAGCCAAUGCAACAGGCUGUAGAACCAAUCAUUCAUAUCCAUGGACAGGAGCCUUUGACCACAACCAUGUUGGCUGCAGCCCCUCCUCAAGAACAGAAACAAAUACUGGGUGAACGUCUCUAUCCUCUAAUUCAUGCAAAGCACCCUACCCUGGCUGGGAAGAUUACAGGCAUGCUGUUGGAGAUUGAUAAUUCUGAUCUGCUACUUAUGCUGGAGUCACCAGAAUCCCUUCAGUCUAAGAUCGAGGAAGCAGUAGCUGUGCUUCAAGCCCAUCAGAUCUCUGAAGCAACCCACAAGAGCAGUUCAAUGGCAUUUCACCCCUGACGAAGGAAAAAAUGAAAACAGACAAUCUCCACUGAAGAGGACAAAACCAUCAUGUUACCAGAGAUUUUGUGAAUAUCUCUUUAAACUAGUUGUUCUUGCAAAAAUCUAGCCUGAUUUGAAUUGUUUUCUUUUUUGCACUGAAUAGCUAUUUAUAGUAACUUUUCCCGUAUGUAAUCCUGGUAAUAUAUGAUAAUGAUGCAGUAGGAAGAUGAAAUUGGAACAAAAUGAUUCUCUUAUGUUGUUUUUUUGCAAAUUUAGUUUUCAGUUCUGGUUCUUUUUUGUUAACCUUAAGCUUGAGAGUCUGUAAAAAUAUUUUAUUUAUUCCUACUGUUGACUUGA